GGGCCCGCUGCUGCUGCAGCCGCCACAGCUGCUGCUCCGGGGCCCGCUGCAGCCGCAGCCGCCGCAGCUGCAGCCGCAGCCGCCGCAGCUGCAGCCUCGUGGCCCGCCGCCGCUAGAGCUCACAACCUCUCACGGCAUGGUAACCAGCCUCCACCGGCUCCUCCUGCCGUCGACGCUGCCAGCUGGUCACCAGCUGACACACAGCCGGACCUGGAGGGACGCAGCUCACCCGGCCCUGGUGCAGUAGUGGCCGCCGCUCAGUCGCCCGCCAUCCCACUGAUGCCAGACUGGGCAGCCGAGGGUCUUCCGGAGCACGGCGUUCAGCUGCUGUCGGCUCCUCCGACUACCGCCGGAGCCCCUGGCCCGGUCCCUGCCGGCGUCCCGGGCACAGCCACCGCGCCACCAACCGUCGCUGGCUCCGCCACCACCUCAAGUUUCGGGAACCGCGACCCGGCUCGCCAGGACGUGACCGGCCCCGACCACCAGCCGGGGUACGCCGAGUGCCACCGCCUGGCGCAGGUGCUCGUCGGCCUAGACUGCUCGCGGGGGUAUGUCGCCGACGAAGAGGCCGAGUCCAUCGUCCACCUGUGGCACCAGCUCUCCGCCGGCGACAGAGCCAAGGUGGCGGCCUCCCCGCGGUACCAGCACCGGCUGACGACUGGCCGGUUUAAACAGCCGAAGACCAGUCGGCUGUCUGGUGUCGUGCCGGGCGUGGACAGCGCACGGAGAGUCUCACUCAAGCGAGGAGCGGUUCCCGCGCAACGACCCGACUUGAACCGGCUCGCUGAGACGGUCGUCCGCCUGCUCUGCGAGCGGUACCGAAACCCCAGGCGCAGCGGAGGGUCGGUCCAGUCGCGCUGGGCGCAGAUCCUGGCCCACCACUCCAGCCUGCGGGACAUUCUCCUCAAAUGUCCCGCAAUCACCCAGCGGACUGGAGUCAACCUGGCGGCUCUGAACCAGCACACGCUCACGUCCUGGUUCAACGAGCACCAGAAGGAGACGGAGCGGAGAGCUCUUCUCCAGGGCGUGCAGCUGCCGCCAGCCCGUCCGAUCGCCGCAGUCGCCCUGCCAGCACCGGCGCCGCGGCUGAUGCAGGUGCAGGUGGUGCGGGUGGACUGCCGCCGCCCACCGCACCACUUCGUCCUGCCUGCCGACACGGUCGGACAAGCGCAGACCCGCCGUCGCCCGGCCGAGGACACCGGCCACGACACCGCCGCCAAGAGGCCCUACACGCGCCGGCAGCCCACCAACACCUGCGGCCAGUGCAAAGGCGCUCUGACGGCGGACACGGGGCACAGACGGGGGAAGGGCGGCCCAAGCCGAAACAAGGUUUUCUGUCCCGUUGCCAACCCUGAUCUAACAUACGAUCAGUGGUUGGCAAAGUUCAAGUGAGGAGUAUGUCUUGUACCUAUGUAUGUAUGUCUUGUCUAUGUUUUGUGUCCUGUAUGCCUGGCAAGUCCAACGCCAGACACCGGCGGAACUGCUUCAGGGCCGCUCUCUCCGGCCGCAGCUCAGGCGCUGCGCCCCCCCCCAUGAUCGCCGCUGGCGCCACCUUUCGGCGCCCCGCCGCCGUCGAUGGGGAGAAAAAUAAACCAGAUCUGACUUCGGAUGCCGUCAUGGUGUUUGUGUGGCGUAGAACAACGACGAUAAUAGCGAGUUAAAACCGCCUGACACUGUUUCAGGGUUUGGCGUUUUUGUUCGUGAAUGUUUGCUUGUUCCUUUGAUACUUAGGUUUACGAUUCCCUUCCUCCGUUUGUUUGUUUGGUCGUUAAACAUUAAAUAUACCAGUGU